CCCUGUGUUUACUACAGAAUUAGUGCAUAGCGGACGACAGUCUCCUGAACUGUGAACUCCGAAUAACAAAAGAUCACCUGUUAGUUUUGCAUAAAAGAAGAAAAAAUUCCCACACUCAACAUGCCCAAGAGAAAGGGAGCUGAUGGGGAAGUCAAGGAGGAGCCUCAGAGAAGGUCUGCUAGAUUAUCAGCGAAACCAACAACUCCGAAACCUGAACCCAAACCCAAAAAGACUCCCAAGAAGGAGGUAAAUGAUAAAAAGGAAGAGAAGAAAGCAAAGGCAAAGCCUGACGAAUCCAAGGAGGAGAACCAGUCGGAAAAUGGGGAGACUAAAACCAAUGAGGUUGAGAAAACUCCAGAUGAGGAGGCAGAAACUGAGAAGGAGGACCCGAAGACAGAGUAGCACCACACCUGGUCAUCCGUCCAAACGUCCAUUUCUUUCCCCUUUUCUUCCCUUUUCCAGUUUUCUCUCUCCCUUUCCAGCUCUCUCAAUAACCUCCUCUCUGCCCAUCACCACCAGAGGAAUAUUUUUAUCAGCGAAUUUGUAAAUACUGGUUCAGGUUUUUAGCACAAAAAACAAAGCUGACUAAUAGGUCUUGCCGCGGCUGUAUCAGGUGUCUACAACACGAGCGGUGUGAAAAAGGCGGCAUCUUUCUUUUGUUUUAUUGUUUUUCUUUUUUAGUUCUUUUAUUUUUCAAGCGGAUGGUCUGUAGCUUGGUUAUGGAGUGGGAGGUGGGUGUUGAGUGUUGGUUGGUGCUAUGGUCUGCUCUCAGUCUGUAUGUUAGUGCUUGUGGUGUUGUUCUGGAGUCUGUGGCGUUUCUGUACGGGGUUUGUUUUAUUUUUUCUUUUAAACAUAAUGGAUUGUCUUUAAGAAUGAGGAAUGAAUCAAACAAAUGUCAAAGACAAAUGAAAAAAGAACUACAUUCCAGGAUCGGCAUUAGAUGGUGAAUCCUGGCUUUUUAAAAAUCGUAACGCCUUUGCAAUUUGUUGAAGCAGUUUAAUGGGACUUUGUUUGGAAGCCAAAAAUACCUUCUGUUGUUAUAAAGGACUUUUUUGAAAUUAUGGGAUUCAAACAAAACAUUUAAAGUGUUUUUGAAGUUUUUUUAACAGUGAAAAUUCAUCUGAAAAAGUGUCCCCUAUAAUUCACUUGGUCUCACUCAAUAAAAAUCCAUCAUUGGAGUUUUCCUCAA